UUGCCUGUCAAAACGGCAAUCGUAGCAUUUAAACCGGCUCAUUCUUGCUCAGCGUUGAGAGUUUUGCAAUUUGGGUCGAGCAGCCAGAUUUACUACGGGAUUUUCGCCUCGCAGGGAUGUCGGUUACUAGAUUUCUGCAUUUUCUACUCUUCAUCCUCCGCCUACAGCUGCCGUCUUCACUGUGGUCCAUGUGGUGUUGUGGUGGUACUGCUUGCGGUACGUGUGGUACUUGGGAAUACAUGAGAUGUCAGCCUUGUUUCCCCCAUUGUCUCCCUGAACCCACGCCAAUCAGCCACCAUGUCAUCACCAAGACACCACCAAGAGACAACCAAGACACGCACAGAUCCCCCCAAAUUCCCCCAAAAUUGCCCCCGUGUCGCCCUCUUGGCGUACUCAUUUGUACCCAUUUGUACCGUAUAGUACAGUACAACGCCACUAAAACCUUGUCCACCUACCACAUUACCAGAUUUACCACCUUUCUACCAACCAAACCACCACCAAAACUGUCACCAGAACCACCUCUACCAACCAAACUACCACCAGACAACACUUUACAAAAUCCUCGAACCCCCAUUCAUUGAUGAUUCUGCGGUGACCCUUGAACAACCCCACGCCAUCCUCCAGAACUUCAACUCGCAUGGAUGUCGUAUAAUCUCCAAAAGACCCCCUCUCAUUCCCGGAAUGCCUCACACCUCUCCAACGGCCACAACUCCGAGCCCGCCAAAUCCAGCGCUUCCUCACGAGCAGCCUCAGAGGCUGACAUAAGGGCACGCGAGAACCGCAGAGGCAGCCAGCCACGCUCCUUCGAAGACUCCCCGUACGAUCACCACGAAGACGAAUCCGAGACCGACGAGAUGGGCGAGCGACGACCCCCGUAUAACAGGCACAAGGAUGGCCGGUCAGGGCAGCCGCUGCUCCAUAAAUCGGACGACGAGAGAGGUCGCGCGAGGGACAGUCCUCCCAUAACUCCAGCCCAUACGACGUUUAGUCGCCGCUCGACGAUGCGGAGUCGAAGCCCGGCUGAUGCUCAGGCACUCCUCGAGACGAAGAAGAAAUACACAUACGCGGCCUUCUUUCUGGGCAUUAGUCUGAUCAGUUUCGUCAUCCAGACCGAGACGGCUGUCUAUAUCCAGAAGGACUUGGGAUGGGACAAGGCGUAUUGCAUGCUCUACUUCACCCACGGAUCCUGGGUCCUCCUCUACCCCUUCCAACUCAUGUGCCUCCGCCUCCAAAAGCGCUCCAUGCCCUUCCUCACCUUCUGGCGGCGGCACGUCUACCUCCUCCGCACCACCGCCCAGAUGGUCGAAUCCCAAUCCCUCACCCCCCCACGCACGCAGCACUCCCCAAUCCCCUACAUUCUCCGCACCACCGCCGGCGUAACCACCGCCCUCACCAUCGCAGGCGGCUCCUGGUACCUGGCCGUCAACAUGACCACCCCCUCCGACCUAACCGCCAUCUACAACUGCUCCGCCUUCUUCGCCUACGCCUUCUCCGUCCCCCUCCUCAAAGAGCCCCUCCGCACCGACAAAUCCCUCGCCGUCCUCGUCGCCAUCAUCGGCGUCCUCGUCGUCGCAUACGGAGACACCUCAUCCCCCAACCCCACCAACCCCCCCGACGCCCACGCCCUCGCCGCCUCCGACACAGAAGCCAAGAACCGCCUAGCAGGAAACCUCAUCAUAGGCGCUGGUUCCAUCCUCUACGGCCUCUACGAGGUCCUCUACAAGCGCCUCGCCUGCCCCCCCACAGGCUGCAGCCCCGGCCGCGGCAUGAUCUUCGCCAACACCUUCGGCUCCCUCAUCGGUGCCUUCACCCUCCUUGUCCUCUGGAUCCCCCUCCCAAUCCUGCACUACACGGGCCUGGAACCCUUCGCCCUCCCCCGCGGCGAGGCGGCUUGGAUGAUGUGCAUCAGCGUCCUCGCCAACGCCACGUUCUCCGGCAGCUUCCUCGUGCUGAUCAGUCUCACGAGCCCCGUGUUGAGCAGUGUCGCGGCGCUGUUGACGAUUUUCUUGGUCGCGGCGACGGAUUGGGCGUUGACGGGGGUGCCGCUCGGACCGGCGGCUGUGGUGGGGGGGGGGCUCAUUGUGGUGGCGUUUGGGGUGUUGAGUUGGAGUACGUGGAGGGAGAUGAGGGAGGAGAGGGUUAAGGAGGUGGAUAUUACUAGUGAUGAGGAUGAGGAGAGUAUUUUGGGUUCGUAGUGUUUGGAUAUGAUGUGGCAUAUAAAUGUGUUUUUAUUUGGUAUGGGAGUGGGC